AAGAAGUUUUGCAAAGGUUAGGGAGAGAGGGAAGAAAAUGAUUUCCUCUUCGGUGCAUCAACGAACUGAUUCAACUCACUAUAGACUUUACGAGUUUGCUAAAACUGCCCUCAUCAAAAUAUUUGUGUCUCCAUAUGCCACGGUUUGUGAUUUGUAUUGUGGAGCUGGAAUAGAUACAGAUAAAUGGGAUGAUUCACAAAUUGGUCAUUACAUUGGAAUAGAUGGUUUUUCUGCUGGAGUUAACGAAGCUCGGGAUAUUUGGGAGAAUCAUAAAAAAGGUUGUCCUGCUGAUUUCUGUAAUGUAGAUCCUUGUGUGGAGAACUUGGAUUCUUAUUUACAGGACAAGGGUAUUCCUGCAGAUAUUGUUUGUUGCUUACAGCAUUUGCAGUUUUGUUUUGAAACUGAGGAGAGAGCUAAAAGUCUUCUUCGUAACGUGUCGUCAUUGCUUAGACCAGGGGGUUAUUUUUUCGGUAUUACUCCUGACUCAUCUACUAUAUGGGCAAAAUAUCAGAAGAAUGUUGAAGCGUCGCACAACAGAGUAGGUGGAAUGAAGCCGAACAUAGUUCCCAACUGCAUAAGAUCAGAGAACUACAUGAUCACUUUUGAAGUCGAGGAAGAGAAAUUCCCUUUAUUCGGAAAAAAGUACCAGCUGAAAUUUGCCAAUGACAACAAUUCUGAGAUCCACUGCUUAGUCCAUUUUCCAAGCCUUAUCAGGUUGGCUAGAGAAGUUGGUCUUGAGUAUGUUGAGAUUCAAAACUUGACUGAGUUCUACGAGGAUAACAGGGCACAAUUUGCAGGUAUGCUUCAUAAUGUCUCUCCAAACUUUGUGGACCCUAGAGGACGACUUCUUCCUCGGUCUAUUGAUAUCUUAGGAUUAUAUACAACUUUUAUCUUCCAAAAGCCUGAUCCAGAUAUUACGCCCCCUAUAAUGACACCCAGAACGCCAGAAGCAACUUAUUUUCCUGAAGAACCUGAAUGGCAAGGAAGCAGCCGGAGACGUCAGAGUUCAGUUGGGACAGAUGACGAAAAGAGUACUUAUCAAGACCCAUCAUCAUCUAUAAGCACCAACGAUAUACCGGAGGAGGAAAAGGGGAUAUUGGGACCUGGGCCAGCAGAUUUACGGUUCCCAGAGGUUUACAAACCUGACUUUAUACGGCAUAUUGGGUAGACUAGACUUGUUUAAUCAGCUGCCCUUGGUGAAUCCAUAUGGGUAAAGAAAAAAACAGUAUAUUUGAACGAAAAUGCGACAGUUAUGUAAUUUUAUUGCGGUGAAAAAACGUAAAAGAGAUUGCAAUUGUGCCGUCGGUGUAACCUAGAUAAAUUUUUAUAACAUCGUAACUUAGUGAUGCAAGAAA